AUGGGGACUUUUCUUCUUUACAUCGCUGCCUUGAUAGCAGCAUGGGCCGUAGUUGUACUCUCACGGCGGAGGCGAGGCAAGUUCCCUCCGGGGCCCGUUCCCCUGCCGAUAUUCGGAAACGCCUUCCAAAUCCGCGGGGACCCACACAAGUCCUUCGCGGAGCUGGCCAAAACCUACGGCCCUUUGAUGUCCCUCCGCCUCGGGACACAAAACGCCGUCGUCAUCUCAUCCCCCGAGAUUGCAAUGGAGGUACUUCAGAAGCACGGCCAAUCCUUCGCGAACCGAUCCAUCCCGGACGCAGCCAACAACCACGGCCACGAGAAGGUCUCGUGGAACGUGAUGCCCGCGGACUCGGCCGGGUGGAAAAGAAUACGGAAAUUGGGAAGAGAGAAGCUCUUCUCUCAUCAGGCGCUUCAACAAACUGAGGGGCAGCGUCAAGAGAGGCUGCGGAAGCUCGCUGAACACGUGCGUGGGUUCAGCGAGCGGGGCCAGGUGAUGAACGUCGGGGAGGCGACGUUCACCACCAUGAUGGAUCUGGUGUUCUCGACUCUCUUCUCUAUCGAUCUCACUGACUACGGCGACGCGAAAAAGGAGUUCAGGGAGCAUAUUAAUUCCUUCACGAGGUAUGCUGGGGUUCCGAAUGCUUCGGAUUUCUUUCCGGUCCUUGCACCGUUGGAUCUGCAAGGGAUCCGACGGAAGAUCGGGUAUCAUCUUGGAAGCUUGCUGGAUUUUGUGGAUGGCAUAAUCGAGAAGCGAAUCCGUGAACGAAAGGAAUCUGAUUACCAAAACAAGAAUGAUUUUCUUGAUACACUCUUGGACAUUGCGGAAGGAACAGAGUAUGAUUUGACUAUCAAAGAAAUCAGGCAUUUUUGUGUGGACCUAAUUAUUGCUGGGGCUGACACAAGUGCAGCCACAACAGAAUGGGCAAUGGCGGAAUUACUACUCCACCCUGAUAAAAUGGCAAAGCUCAAAGCUGAACUUAAGAGUGUUCUUGGAGAUAAAAACUCUGUGGAAGGAUCCGACAUCUCGAAACUCCCAUAUUUGCAAGCCACAAUCAAUGAAGUGUUCCGUUGUCAUCCGGUUGCGCCCCUAUUAGGUCCCCGUGAGGCCGGGGAGGACACGCUUGUAAAUGGCUACACAAUACCCAAGAAUGCAAAGGUAAUUGUCAAUUUUUGGGCAAUUACUAGAGAUCCAAACAUAUGGAAGAAUCCUGAAUCAUUUGAGCCGGAAAGGUUUCUGGGUAAAGAUACAAAUUUCGAGGGCCAAUAUUUCGAGUUGAUUCCAUUUGGAUCAGGGAGAAGGAUUUGCCCCGGCAUGCCACUGGCUAGUCGCAUGCUAUUCUGCAUGGUGGCAACGUUGUGUCAUAACUUUACUUGGGAACUUGAAGGAGGAGUUGAAUCCAAACUACGACAAAGAGAAGAUGUGUUUGGACUAGUACUGCAAAAAAGAUUCCCCCUUAGAGCCAAACCUAUCAAUGUUUGAUGGUUUUUUUAAGAAUUGUCUCAAUUAGUUUUCUAUGUGCUGCUUAAUAAAUAUAAAAAUAUAACGUAAAAUACCAUUGUAAUAAGGGUUUCCGAACCUUAUUAAAUUUAGCAAAUUAAACAUGUUUAUCAUAAA